AUGACAGAAUUACCAGCUCUGUUGUCUAAUUGGCUUUACAAUGUUGUUCAGCCACAAUAUGCUAACAAGCAGCUUACCUACACUCAUUUAUACCAAUUUCUCCAAGUUCAUUAUGGCAAAAAUCUUCGCCUUAGGGUAAGAACAAGUGUUCAUACUUCUCAAAGAAGUGGUCAACUGACACUCUUACUUAAUAUAUUUGGCUCAAUUCCGGUGACCACGACUCAAUUGAGUGUCCAAAUUCAAAUAUGGAUUCCUUUGCAUUACCCCUUUGGGAAUCGAGAAAGUACCAAUACUACAAAUGACGAUACAUCUGGAGUACCAAUGAUUUAUAUAAUACCCGAUACUUCCAAUGGAAUUUUAAUCAAACCAGGUAACCAUGUGGAUAGUCUGGGCCGAUUUUAUCAUCCUUACUUAUCUAAUUGGUACCACGAAAGCAUCCCAAGCGGUUCAGGUUCCAGAAAAUAUAACCUUAUUGAGCUAAUGAAAAUUCUUCAAGCUUCUUUUGAGAAAGACUGUCCAAUUAUGGUCCAAGAGUCAUCUGGAAUUGAUAGUGCUCCAUCUUUACCUUCCAAAGUACCAUUGAAUGGAACUUUUAGUCAGAAUGCAUCCAACACUCAGCUUCCAGCGCAAUUAACGGGCCCUCCCUUGCCUGCUAAACCCCAACAGCUUGUAUCAGGAUCCACUUCUUCAACGAAUGAAGAAAGGGCAAUCCCACUAAAAUAUCAAACACCUCUUCCCUUGCCGCCUAUUUCUCAAUACAUUGGCCAGCCUAAUGCUAUUACUCCACAAGGCACUGGGGUUGCAAGUCAGACGCCCACUGGGCAAUAUAUGCAGUUGCAGUCUCCACCUCAAGAGUUUGUUGGAGUCCACUCACCGAGGAGUUACCUGUCCCCAACUUACUCAAAUUCAGUGGUGAAUUCUCCACCUUCGCACACUCCAAUCCAAGUUCAUCAAAAUUAUAAUUCUUCUCCUCGUCAGCCACAUGCGAGUACGACAAGUUCCCCAAUGGUCAAUAAAACUGCAAGCUUUUCAAAUAGCAAUCAAAAUCUGUUCAUUGAUCUAAUAGACGAAGACAGGGGCUCUUCUUCUGUAGUAUCAUCAAGUGCAAGUAAUGAAGUAAAAUCGCUAAUACUAGAGAAUAUAUCCAAACGUAUGAGUUCCGAAGCAAAAGAUUUUUCGCUUGUUAUGUCUAACAAACAGAAGAUAGAAGCAUUGUAUCAACAACUCAGUUAUCAUCAUAAGCAAGCUGUAGCAAACAGCACGAAUCUUGAAUCUCACGUGAAGUAUAUUUCGCAACAGAAAGCAUCGAUAACGCAAUUAAAUAACGAGCUAGUCUCAUUAGAAGAAUCUAAUACUCUGGAAUCUAAGCUUGUCUAUACAUCGACGAAUAAUUCUAUUCCACUUGAUGAGUUAAUAACACCAGACCUGGCAUUAGUCAAUCAAUUGUACGAGGUAGUGUCUGAAAUCAAGGCUACAAAGGAUACUAUUGAUCUCAUUGGAGGAAAUUUCCGUAGUGAGGGUGAACUCAUAAAAGAUUCCAAUAUGGAAACUGCUGUCAGGACAGUGCGUACACUUGCCAGAGAAAUGUUUUGGUUGGAGCUAAUGAAGAAUGAAAUAGCUGGAAUAAUGAAUCUUUCAUAG